AGGGAGAAUGCAAAAUUUUCACACACACAUUCCGUUAGUCACUCACGAAAAGAAAAGACGUGGAUAUUCUUUUUGGCAUUGUGAUAGAUAUUUUCCACAAGGAGGAAAAUUCUUUAUCAAAAAUACAAUCAACAAACGUUUGUUUAUAGUUUUCCCAUUCAUUUGUUUAUAAAAUUUAUCAGUGAAGCAAAGGAUAGUACAGAGUAAAAGAUAUUUUCCUGCCCUUCUAAAGGGGUGGUGAAAAGACUGUGUAAAAACUCCAGUUGGAAGUUGUAGGUGGUGGUGUAAAGUGGAAAAGCACUCCAUCGUGAUGUCACUGUUUCCCAGUUUAAAUUAAUUGCAACAUUUUUAAAGAGUGUGUCUUCAAGUAACAAUUUCAACACAUUUUGGAUAUUGUUAUUGCAGCGACCUAAUAAAUUGCUUGUGCACACAUUCAUCUACACACAAAGCUGUUUCUUUCCAUUUAAUAUUAAUUUAGCUUAGUGGAAGUGCUUUGUGGCGAUUCAAUUUAAUUUAAUAAUUCACUACAAUUUAUCAAUUAAGUUGCAAAUUAAAGUGAGAUCGAGCUGACAGCAAUUUUCAAUAUUCAUUCCGCAUCAGUAAUUUGCACAACGAUUAAAAAUUGUUAAGCGAGCAAAUAAUAGCAUAAAAUGAAACAAUAGAGAACAAAGCAAAACUCUAAAGAAAGAGCUUUGGUACAAGCGCUAUUAACAACGAAAGAGGAUUGAAACGUUGAGUCGAGCGUAGAAUUCCAAAAAUAAGCAUACAUACGUCCAGCACAGAAGUAUAUUAUGAGCGCAAAAUUAUAUCUUAGAAUUUUGUAAAACUUCAAACGACACAGCUGAAAAACGAGUUAGAAACACAAAACGUAACACAUUCACAUACACGUCCCUCCAAGAGCAACGAUUCGUAACGCUAUACAGGCGAUCACAGCACGAUUCCGCCCACAACAACCUGUCACGCCCACUGUUGAACAUAGAAUUGUAGCCUAGCCGCCGUUUUAAGAGAAAAACGGCCGCCGUCCACUACAGAGAAGCACAGAGAAAAGGCAUCAAACAGAUAUUGGAGUCAUAAAAUUCCCACCGUAACGACAUUCAAGCAUUCUCUAAAAUUCUCCCUCUCCGUCAUAUGUACGUGCAACAUAAAUACAAAAAAUUUUGGUCUUUUUUGUAUGUUACAUUCGACAUUAGUCCAUUUCUAUCCCAAAAUCAUCCUCCCCUCCCAAAAUAAACUGCCCGUCCAUUGAAACAAAAAACAAAAAAAAAAAAAGAAACAACAACUUACACAAACAUACAAAACGGCUGCAGCAUGUCUGAAUUGGAAAACGCCGCAACAGCCGGCAAAACUAUUGAGGAGCUGCGUAUGGAAGUUGAACGGCUGACGCGUGAACUAGAUCAGGCAGCAAGUGAGCGAGCACAAUCAGCACAAUAUGGUCUAUCAUUAUUGGAAGAGAAAUCGUCAUUGGAACAAAAGUGCGAGGAGUUGGAGACACUCUACGAUCAUGCAAAACAUGAGUUAGACAUUACACAGGAGGCUCUCGCAAAGUUUCACACUUCACAAAAAGUCACCACGAAAACGGGUAUCGAACAGGAAGAAUCCCUGCUCACGGAAACCGCAGAGCUCGAGACAACUUUGAAUAGUAAAAUUUUAGAUUUGGAAAAUGAGACAAAGCAAUUACGUCACGAAUUGGAACGAGUACGCAAUGAACGUGAUCGUAUGCUGCAAGAAAAUACCGACAUUGGACGCGACAAAUCAGACAAUGAAGCUGAGAAAUUACGUCUUAAGGCCGAGUUAAAGGAUUUGAAGUUUCGUGAGACACGCAUGCUAACGGAAUACACAGAAUUAGAGGAAGAAAACAUAUCGCUGCAAAAGCAGGUGUCGAGCUUAAGAAGUUCGCAGGUUGAAUUUGAAGGCGCCAAGCAUGAGAUACGUCGCCUUACCGAAGAGGUAGAGCUCUUAAAUUCACAAGUAGAUGAAUUGGCAAAUCUGAAGAAAAUCGCUGAAAAGCAAAUGGAAGAAGCUCUGGAGGCUUUACAGUGUGAGCGCGAGGCUAAAUAUGCACUCAAAAAAGAAUUGGAUGGCCAUUUAAAUCGCGAGUCCAUGUACAAGUUAAGCAAUUUAGCUUAUCUACGUAGUAAUAUGGAUGACAACAUAAGCGCAAAUAGUGAUGGCGAAGAGGAAAACUUGGCUUUGAAACGACUUGAAGCCGAUUUAACCACAGAAUUGAAUGCAACAGAUGGCACCAAAUGCGAUCUCUUCUCUGAGGUACAUUUGAAUGAGUUGAAAAAGUUGGAAAAACAAUUAGAAUCAAUUGAAAAUGAAAAGAUGUUACUCACCGCGAAUUUACGUGAAGCACAAACCAGUUUGGAUAAAUCACAAAAUGAAAUACAAAAUUUCAUGGCACGUCUAGCGUUGCUAACUGCACAUGUAGAUGCAUUGCUACAAUUAAAGAAACAGCUGGAUAUUAAAGAUGACUCCAUGGAGGCGGUAAAACGACGUAAUGAUGAACAAAAUGUACGACAGCAACUCUUGGAUAUACUAUCACAGUAUAACAGUUGGUUCACAUUAUCUUCCAAAGAGAUUGACGGUCUCAAGACUGAUUUGGUUGAACUGCAAAAGGGUUUCAACUAUACCGAUGCAAUGACAACACUACGUAAUGAGGUCACAAAUUUGAAAAAUAAAUUGCUCAGCACUGAGCAAAAGUCAUUGGAUCUGCAAAGUGAUGUGCAGACACUCACAAGUAUAUCACAAAGUGCCGGUCAAAGUUUGGGUUCGGCACGCUCCACUUUGGUGGCCUUGAGCGAUGACUUGGCACAGCUGUAUCAUUUAGUUUGCACCGUCAAUGGCGAAAUACCGACGCGUAUUAUGCUCGAUACAAAGAGCGAUGAUAUGAGCUUCGAAAACGAUUCGCUUACUGCCAUACAAUCGCAGUUUAAAUCUGACAUUUUUACUUCCCGCUCACAUACCAUUGAGGAUUUGCAAGGACUUGCCGAUUCUGUGGAAAUUAAAAAGUAUGUCGACACUGUGGGAGAUCAGAUUAAACACUUGAAAACCGCUGUAGAGCAUACAAUCGAGCAUAACAAGAAUAAAGUACGCGGCGACGUGUCUGAAGCUGACAAGUAUAAUCGUGAGGAAGUCGAGGAGUUACAAGAACAAAUUGUACGCCUUAAAGGCUUGUUAUCGCUCAAACGCGAUCAAAUCGCUACGUUACGUACUGUAUUGAAGUCCAACAAGCAGACCGCUGAGGUGGCGCUCACCAAUCUCAAAUCGAAAUAUGAAAAUGAGAAGACCGUGGUUAGCGAGACAAUGGCCAAGUUACGUAAUGAGUUGAAGAUACUCAAGGAAGAUGCUGCGACAUUCUCAAGCUUGCGCGCUAUGUUCGCUGCACGUUGCGAGGAGUAUGUUACACAGGUGGAUGAUUUGAAUCGCAAGCUAGAAGCUGCUGAAGAGGAAAAGAAGACACUUAAUCAGCUGUUGCGUUUAGCUGUACAGCAAAAAAUUGAAUUGACGCAACGCAUGGAGGAAAUGGAAAUUGAUCGCGAAACACGUUUUGCGCGUCGUCCUUUACCACCACAACGUGGCAGCAGUGGCAAAUCGUUUUCAUCACGACCAUCGACACGUAACCCGACUGGCAGCAAUCAGAGUCAAUUCUAACAUAAAAUAAGCGUACAGCGAAAAAUUUUAGCCUUAGUUUAUACACUGCUUAAGUUAUAGAUUACUUUUGUGUAAACUGUCCUGUUAUGUGUCAUAAACAGGUGACUUUAAAGGUAUGGGGAGUUUACUAAUUAAUUUUCCAGAAAAAUGCAAUAAUUAAAAGGUGGCAUUUAAGAACAAUUAAUGCGAUGUUUAAAAGACGAAGUUGUAAUAAUAGUAAUUUUGUUUUUUGCGAUUUAUUGCACUUCAAAACGACUCAAUUUGACAACAAAAAAAUCUUCCGCCCGUAUUAUAAAGACACUGUAAUAUGCCUUAAAGUGACAACAGUCUGUUUAAUUUUCUGUUAUUAUCUAUUACGAUGAUUGUAGGGCUUAUUCUGUAUGCUCUACAUCUUUAUUAUCUUGAGUAUUAAUAUUUAUGUUCUUUUUUUUGCACACAAUCCAAAUCUGUUUAACCAACAAAAUAGUUUUUGAUAUUUAAACAAAACAUAACAAGAAAACGCCGAAUGAAAUUAUUUAAUUUUUGAAUUUAUAAUGCUAUACAGUUUUUAUGCCUUAAAAAUUAAGCUUCCUAACACUCUCCAAAAAGCUCAAGUUAGUGCAGAAUGACAUAUGAACAAAGGAAGGCUUCCAUUUUGGGGCGUAGAAACGUUUUCUAAAAAAUGGCAUAAAAAAAGGAAGCUGCUUAAAAAGUUUUUGGACAGAGCGCUAAGCUCUAUUAAGAAACUUUGAUAAUUUUAAACGCCUUCGAAAGUUUUUUUCCCAAAAAGUUGCUGUUAAAAGAAUGCUUAAAAAAAAUAAUUGAAUAAUGGAAGGCUUCCAUUUUGAGGCGUAAACAGCGAAAGCUUCGCAAGGAGCUUUUUAUAAUUGCGGCAGAGCUUUUAGUUCUAUUAAGACACUUUCAUACUUUUUAACGCUUUCGAAAGUUUUUCCAUAAAACUGCCAUCAACAGAAUGCUUCAAAGAAGCUUGUAUAAUUUAAAAGCUCACGCCGUCAUCUGAAAGCUUUCCAAUAUGUCAAACGGAUGAACGAAUUUUCUAGUCUAUUCUUAUUAUUAUUAUUUUUUUUUUAUGAUUUAAAAAUAACGACCUUUACUAAUACACAUUUAAGGUGAUCUUGAAAAAUGUUUCUCAAAAACUUGUCUCCGGAUAUGUGAGAUAACUGUUUGUAAUUAUGUUUUGUCAUUGUUCUGAUAAGAUUGUGUGCAAAUUGGUAUUCUCUAUGUAUACAUACACCUACACAUAGCAUAUAUUGUCAAACACUUUUGCUAUUGUUAAAUUGUAUGCCCAAAAGUAUAAAAAAAAAACAACAAAAGAACAGAAACACUAAUAGUAUUUUUCAAAAUGGUUUGUUACUUACACUUGCUUAUACAUACAUUUAUAUAUAUAUAUUGUUAAGUGAUUUUUCUAAAAACAAAAAACAAAAAAUAUUUUAUAUUUAAAAAUAUUUAUAAGUUCCGUUAUCACUCCAAAAGCAGCUAAUAGCAUAAACACACUACUUAUUUAAAAUUGAAAGGAAUUUGAAGUGCACUUUAUAUUAAAAACAAAAACAAAAGCGUAAUAUUAUAUGUAUUUAUUUUGCUUUAAACACGACGUAAGCUGUGCGCUAGUAAACAGAGAAAAAAGAAAAAUAUAAUUAAAAUGUUUGUUUCAAAAGUUAAAAUUUUCAAAAUUACAAUUUCAAAGGCAGCAAAAAGUAAUUUGCUAUUAAAAAAUAUAUUAAAAUGAUACUUAAUAUUAAUAAAUAUUGAUUCGGUAAGCGUAAUUUUUGUAUGAUAAAUAAUCUAAAAUAUUACAUGGAAAACCAUUCGGCACGCUCUUGUUGAGCAUGGAAAUUGUUAAAUGAAUAUCGAGCGAACUUUUCUCAGAGUUUUAUAGCAAUUUGCUUUCAUUCUAAACGCCUUUGCUUGACAUUCAUUUGAUAGCUUACAUAUCGAAUUCAGUGCGUGCUUAAUUAAAUCUGUUUAAACACCGUUAGAAGGUGCUUAAUAAAAUUUGCAAUGUUAUCCAAACUUAUGUAGUACAUAGUUAGCUGAAAAACGAACACUCACUCACACACACGCACGCAUAUAGAUAUAUACAAGCAUCACAAUUAUGAGCCUCAACGCUUGGUAAGCUGUAGUAGCAUUGCACAUCGUCCUUUGCCGACCCACACAUAACUACAUACACGCCUACUGCGUUUGACUUGACGCAAGUGCAGCUGUAUUCCUAGUUAAAAAUAAAAUUAAAAUUAAAAAAAAAAAUUAUAUUAUUUACAUAAGUAAUUUAUAAAUAUAGCUAUGCUAAAGAUAUUAUUUAAUAAUACAGUGAGAAUUUGUUGUAGGCAAUAUAUUGUAAUAUAAAAAUAAUCACCUUAGUUAA